AUCAGAAUUGCUUGAGAGGAUCGCUGUAUCGUCUGCAAAGGUUAGAGUGGUAGUUUGAGGAUGGGAUGGGAAGUCUGCCGUGUACACUUGGUACAGUACGGGUGCCAGAACAUUGCCCUGCGGAACACCAGCAAGGAGAAGGUGGUUUGGGGAAGACGCCGAUCCUUCAAUGACUCGGAAGUACCGAUCAGUGAGGUAGCUACGAAGGAUAAGGUAAUAGGUUGAGGGAAGGAUGUCCUUGAGCAAAAACAGCAAGCCCGGGUGCCAAACUCGAUCGAAGGCCUGGGCCACAUCAAGAAAGGCCCCCGAACAAUACUUUCCCAACUCAAGAGAGGCAGAAAUAACAUCUACAACCCGGUGGCACUGCUGAACUGCUGAGUGACCGUCACGAAAUCCAAAUUGAUGGUCAGGGAUAACUUUUUUAGAAUUAAGGAUUGGGAGGAUACGUUUUAAAAUAAGCCGUUCUAGGAUUUUUCCUAAAAUCGGUAGUAGGCUAAUGGGUUUGUAGGAAGAAGGACAAUGUGUGUGUUUUUUGGGUUUAGGAAUCAUACGGAUGACAGAAUGUUUCCAGGGACUAGGAAAAUAGGUUGUGCGUAGGACUGAAUUAAAUAUAUAAGUUAUGAAUAUUACGGAUUUCUUUGGAAAGUGUUUGAGGAUUUGGGGAGUUAGCAAGUCAAAUCCAGGAGCUUUUUUACGUUUGAGCUGGCGUAUAGCAUACUGGACAUCUGACGGAGAGAAAGGUUUAGGAGGAAGGGAUAAAGGGAGGGGAGAGUUUAGGAAUUCUUAGAUCUGACGAACAUAAUCUGGGUCUAUGAUAUUGGCGUGUGGGGUGAAGACAGUGGAAAGGUGAUCUGCAAAAUGGAUGGCUUUCUCCUCGUCCGAUUUGGACCAAGAUCCAUCUUGUCAGCGAAGAGGGGAGGAUACUUUAUGAAUGAUUUUAUCUUGAGAUGGAGAUGUUGUUGUAUUUCCUCGCACUCUUCUUUUUCACCAGUUCCUCCGAGAUCCAGCCGACAGACCGACCAGGCGGUGAGGCGGAAGUGAGCUGCAUGCCUGCCGAGGACGUCUUCCGCUGCGACGAGACCGUCUGCGUCGCCAAGACGGUCCGCUGCAACGGCAUCCCCGACUGCCCGGGAGCCGAAGACGAGUCCGUCAUGGAAUGCGGCUGCCUGGAAAACGAGUUUAGGUGCAGCAACAGUUGUGUCGACAUCGUGAAGCGCUGCGACAAGCACCCGGAUUGCGCCGAAGGCGAGGAUGAAAAGGACUGUCGGACGUUCAUAUGCCCAACGACCCAUUUCAAAUGUAAUAACCACUUCUGUAUACCGACUGAAGCGGUUUGCAACUACCAGGACGAUUGUGGUGACGGUUCCGACGAAGCAGACUGCCAGUACAGGCAUUGCUGGCAUCCUGAGUUUACGUGCAUCAACCAAGAAUGCGUGCCUCCUGGAGUGCUCUGCGACGGUAAUGCCGACUGCAAAGAUGGCUCAGACGAAUGGGACUGCACCCCAGAAAACUUCGUCCAGUGUGGAGACGGCAGCCGGAUCCACAAGCAAUACUGGUGCGACGGAUGGCCCAACUGCCCCGACAACCACGCCGACGAGCUCAACUGUAGCAAAUGCGACAAACCGGACGAGUACAAGUGCUCGAACGGCAGGUGCAUCAGCAGAGCGAACGUCUGCGAUUCACAGUGCGAUUGCGUCUCCGCAAACAGCACCGUCUGCGAUGAUGAAAUCGGAUGUGAGAAAUUCUACACGACGACUAACGGGAUGACCAACUGCAUCGUCGGCACCAGCCUAGCCUGCGGUACCACCGAGAGGAACAGGGCGGAAGAGAGGUGCAUCGCCUCCGGAUUUCUCUGCGACGGUCAGAACCAGUGCUUCAACGGAAAGUAUCUUUCGGACGAAUUCGGAUGCAAAGAGAGCGACGUGAUGAGUCUGCCGCCGUCGGAGCUGUUCCGAUGCCAGGACAACCGCACUUUGCCGAAAGACCUGCUCUGCGACUUCAAGAUCGACUGCCUGGACGGCGACGACGAGACCGACUGUCAAGCCAGUGCCGCCGAUUGCGCCCAGGAGGAGUUCAGAUGCCAGAACGGCCAGUGCGUACCCAUCGGGUCCAGGUGCAACAUGUACACCGACUGUUGGGACAAAACGGAUGAAAUCGGAUGCCACGAAGUGCCGUGCGAAGAGUACAGAUGCAAAGAGGGCGGUCAGUGCGUCAGCAAUUCUUCAAAUUGCGAUUUCUUCCUCGAUUGCCUCGACGGAUCGGACGAAGACAACUGCACUUUCGUCGACUGUGGCCCGGAUGAGUUCAGGUGCCAGAACGGCCAGUGCGUCGACAAGAAGCAGAGGUGCUUCAACUCGGGCAACCCGAGGGAAGGAUGCGCCGAUCUGUCACAUCUCAUCAAAUGCGAAAACGUGACCUGCACCCCGGGGCAGUUCAAGUGCAAAAACGGCCCUUGCCUCAACGAAUCGCUCCUAUGCAACAAAGUCAUCGACUGCAAGGAUUCCUGGGAAGACGAGUCCAACUGCACCUUCCACUGUUCCAAUUCCAACUGCCCUUGCAAAGACGUGCACAUCAACUGCACCGGCUUCGGACUCGGUGAGAUCCCAGAAACCGAAAAAGAAAUCACGCGAUUCCAUUUCGGAGGGAACAGGCUCAAUUCGAGCCUACACAACGGGACCUUCGCACGCCUUGGACGUCUCGUCUAUCUGGAUUUGAGCAAUAACAGCAUCACACACUUGACGCCGAUGAUGUUCAGCACCCUAUGGCGACUGACGGUCCUUAACCUACAAGACAACGACAUCCAAGUCCUCGAGAACGGCACCUUUUACGGUCUGCCCAACGUCAACGGGCUGCACCUCCAGGGGAAUAGGAUCAGGAAGAUACACGCCCUCGCAUUCUUCGGCCUCUCCUCCCUGCCAAAUCUCGUUCUGAGGAAUCUGAGCAUCAGAAACAUCGAACCGCACGCUUUCGUCGGCCUACGAAAAGUCGUGAGCAUCGACCUGUCGCAGAAUGAAAUAGAGCACCUCCUCGACGGCACACUCAACGGACUACCUCGACUUUUGUACCUAAACAUAAGCAGCAACAGGAUCAAAGUGAUAGACCCGAAUGUGUUUAGAGCAGUGACCACAUUGGAAAAGCUUGAAACGGACGAGUUUCGCUUCUGCUGCUUGGCCCGCGAGGUGCCCUCCUGCUCGCCUCCCCAGGACGAGUUCUCCUCCUGCGAAGACCUCAUGAGCAACAUGGUCCUCCGGGUCUGCGUCUGGGCCCUGGCUGUCGUCGCCACGGUCGGCAACCUCCUCGUCAUCGCAUGCCGUGCCCGGUACAAACACUGCAACCAGAAUGCCAAAUUCAAAUGGCCAACCAGGGGCAGAAAACCGUUCAUUGAGAAGAAGCUAUUCGAUUCGUUUCCAGUUAGAAAGCCUCAAACGGGAGUCUCCGACCCAAAUGUACAUUCGUUCCUCAUAACGAAUCUGGCCCUGGGCGACCUUUUGAUGGGGUCGUACCUUUUGCUCAUAGCCCUCGUCGAUUGGCAUUACAGGGGUGUUUACAUCAUACACGAUUCGACUUGGAGGUCUUCGCCCCUUUGCUCUUUUGCCGGGUUCAUAUCCACCUUUUCCAGCGAGCUCUCCGUCUUCACGCUGACCGUCAUCACCCUGGAUCGGUUUCUCGUAAUUAUAUUCCCAUUUAGGGUGAGGCGCCUUGAGAUGAAGAGGACACGUAUGCUGAUGGCAUUCGGUUGGGUCAUAGCAGCCUGCUUAUCAGCAAUACCUUUAUUGCACAUCGAUUAUUUCAAAAAUUUCUAUGGCAGGUCUGGCGUUUGCCUGGCCUUGCAUAUUACGCCGGAUAAGCCCAACGGUUGGGAAUACUCUGUUUUUGUCUUUCUAUUUUUAAACUUGGUGUCGUUUACUGUGAUAGCUGUUGGCUAUUUGUGGAUGUUCUUGGUCGCAAGGACAACUCAGCACGCGGUGCACAAAGAAAGGACGGCCUAUUGCACCUCUGAGUCUGCCAUGGCGUGGCGCAUGACCCUCCUCGUAGCGACAGAUGCUGCUUGUUGGGUUCCGAUUAUAAUAUUAGGAGUCGUCUCCCUGGCGGGAUUCACCGUACCGACUCAGGUGUUCGCUUGGGUUGCUGUCUUCAUCCUGCCGUUGAAUGCCGCAGUGAACCCAAUCCUGUAUACGCUGUCGACUGCGCCUUUCCUCACACCGGCGAGGCACGGCUUCCUUUCGUUCAGGCGUUCCUGCAAACUGUCACUGUCGCAGGACCACAGGAGGACGCUGUCCACUGGUCUCAACCACUACACCGGCCGUGGAAGUGUUGAACUCUACUCAAUGACUCGACGUUCUAUGAGAAACAGCCUCGACACAUCUGUCACAGAGCAAGGCGUCGUCCUCCCAUUGAACAAAGUCAAGUGACAACGACCCCGGUCCCAAAAGAGGGCCCCGAAUGAACUUUAUGACUAAAAAUUUGUGAAUAUUUUCCUCGUACCAAACAAAAUUACGGCGGUUUUACAUCAUGAAAAUCUCCAAGGCUGUGAACUAGUGUACAUUAAUUUUAAAAAAAUGCUUUAUUCUGGAAAAAAAUAUAUAUAUUACAUAUUAUAUAU